CACUACUUGUCACGUGACUGGUGGCGUUAAUACUUUGUUUGCUGGAGAAAUAAACUUACCAACAAACUUCAAGUUGAUAUUUAUUUGACUCUGUUUAGCUGAACAUUAUGUGUUGAUAGACAUUGGACAAUAUCUAUAUUGGUGUGUUUAGUUUAGUUUAGAAUUCAAUGAGCCUUAGGGUACCUUAUUGUUUGAGUUAAAUAAAAGAUCUUGAGAGAAAAAUCUUCAGUGAUCUGCAAAAUGGCGACCUUUUUGCAAUCCUCCGUUGAAAAAGGAUCUGACAUGGUCCAAGACUUCUUCUGUUCGACCUGCGAAGAGGAGAAACUGGAAGAAUCGGCUGAUUAUUACUGUGAAUCUUGCGUCAAGUUUUACUGCGGAAAAUGUAUUCACUUGCACAGCCAGUUGUUUAAGAAACAUUCCCCUCAUGGAAGGAGUGAUAUGAAGAAAUGGCCUGUUGCGAAGAAGGUGGAAGAUUUCCUUUUUAAAUGUGAUGUUCAUAAGGAAGAAAAGUUGGCAAUGUUAUGCAAAGACCAUGGCCAGCUGUGCUGCAAUAAUUGUGCUUUCCUUAAUCACAGGCAAUGCAAAACAGUAAUUCUGUUAUCGGACUUGGUACAAAAUACCUCCACUGACCUCAAACAAGUAUCAGUUACUAUCCAAACUUCUCUGGCAGAACUGAAGAAGCUUCAAGACAAUCAGGAGGCUAGCAUUCAGUCUGUGCAAAUUUCAUAUGAUGAGCAGUUACAAAAGAUACAGGAGACUCGGCAAAAGGUACUUGAAGCCUUGGACGUGCUUGAAAAGAAGACACUGCAAGAAAUGAAAGAUAAUCUUACCAAACUGCAAGCCUCUCUAAAAAGUGAUGUCGACAAGUGUGCCACUCUUCGAGAUGAAUUAAAACAACUUGGAGAUGCUAUUCAGGACAUAAAUGAUAAAAGCAAACGAGAACUAUCUUUCAUAGCCAGCAUUAAAUGUCUGGACAAAAUACAGCAGUUAGAAAAAUAUCGAAAGGAGAACUUUGCUCAACUAAAAUCGUCAAUAACUUUCCAGCCUAAUAGUGAAAUUGUUCAGUACCUUUCCAAGUUGUCAGGUCUUGGGAGGAUUGAACACUAUGCCCAGACAUUGACAGUGCAGGGAUUUCCGGACCAAGUCAUAAGGAUUGAUGGGAAGUCUGAGUAUGAUGUACGCCUGCGAAAUGAUUCAAAUAAUGAGUUUUCUUGCCGUAUCAGUGACAUAUGUGUUCUCCCUAGUGGAGAGGUCCUGGUUUUAGACGACGAAAAUAGAAAUGUCAAGCUGUUAAACCAGCAUUACCAGCUGGUGAGUCACUGUAGUGUAUCUGAUGAGCCACAGUUCAUGUGUCAGAUCACAUCAAGUGAGGUUGGUGUUACUUUCUGUGGUUUCAGUCGUAAAGGGGUCCAGUUUAUCAAAGUGAACAACAACCAGCUGGUGAAAGACAGAAUGCUCGAGUUUCAACAUUGCUGUUACGGUAUUGCCUUCCACCAGGAAGACCUGUUUGUAACCUCUGGUACUGAACUAUACAACUACUCUCUGAGUGGUAAACUAGGCAGCAAACUUCACGAGGAUAAAUCAAAUACAUUUACAGUAUUGAGUUGUGCAGUCAGCCCGACAGGUGACAAGUUAUACGUCACAAACCGCUCCCAAAACAAGCUCCUCACUCUGGCCAGGGAUGGAUCAGUCCUUUCCAUCUUCGUUGACGAUGAAUUGGAAAGUCCAACUCGUGUACAUGUGACAUCUGAAGACAAGGUGCUGGUAUGUGGAAGGUUUUCCAAUACUAUCCUCCAGGUGGACAGCCAGGGUAGUAAGAAGCUGGCCACUCUGGCUACAGAGAGGGAUGGGCUAAAGAGACCAGUCUCAGUCUGCUUCAACAGCCACACUGACUGCAUUAUUGUGGGAAUGUGGAACAACACCAAGAUCCUUGUGUACAAAAUUAAAUAG